GGGGAGCAGCCCCACGGUGGGAGUCACGGGGCGGCCGGGCCGCUGCCAUGGAGCUGCCUGCGGUUAGCCUCAAGGCUAUCAUUCUGGUGCACUGGCUGCUCACAGUGUGGGGAUGCAUGAAUGUCUCGUUUCCAGUCUCCUAUGCUUGGGGGAAUUUCACUGUCCUUGCAGUGGGGAUCUGGGCCAUUGUGCAGCGAGAUUCCCUUGAUGCCAUCAUGAUGUUCCUGACUGGCCUGCUGCUCACAGUCCUCACAGACAUCAUUCACAUCUCUGUCUACUACCCUUUACAUGGUUAUCUCACUGGUGCGAAGCGUUUCGGUGUGGGCAUGGCCAUCUUCAGCCUCCUCCUGAAACCUGGAUCCUGCUACUUUGUGUAUCGAAUGUACCGGGAGCGUGGAGGAGAAUACAUCUUCAACAUAGACCUGGAGUCCUCGUCUGACAGCCAUUUUGCCUACAAUGGUCUCAACCGUGCAGGCCAGGACCGCAGUGCCUAUGAGACAAUUGAUCAGCAGGAAGCCUCUCCACUGUGGCCUGACUCAAGCAAGGCAGCUCAGCAUCCAUAUUGAGGCCCUUGUCUGCAGCAGAAUGGACACCUCCCUCCCUCAGUCCAGCCUUACUCUCCUCCCAUGUUUGUUCUGAUGAAACAAGACCUUCUACUGAGCAAACGGGAGGAUCUGAUUUGACUUUUCUUUUUCCUUCCUGAAGAUUAGGCAGAGAGGUUCUUGGAAUGAGUCCAGAAGAUCUCAGAUGACUUUAAGCUCUGUGACUCUUUGUAAUUUCAACACACUGCUUUCCUCCCUCCCCCUAAAUCCCUCCUCUGUAUGUGCAAGUGGAUGCACCUUCUGCAUUCAUCCAAGUCUUGUAUUGUGCAUCCUCUCUAUUGUAAGUAAGGGAGAUGCACAAAAUAUUCCUGGGCAAGCUAUCUUUAACAAGCUUAUGGACUGCCCCUAAAACAACACAAUUUAGCCUGUUUUUUUGCUGAUACAUUUUCAGGAAACAUCUGGGAGUUCUUGAGGGCUGUUUUUGAUGGUGUUUUUUAAUUAAGAUUUAUGACCAUAAUUCCCUGUGCUAGCUGUGGUGGUUUAUGUGCAGCUGGGGUUGGUAUAAAGUGCUCUUACUGGGCCAGGGAGCAUUCAUUGAUGCUUUUAUGAAAGUUAAAUGUCCUUCAGAAUACUUAAAAUGGCUGGUAAGUGUUGAUUACAUAUGCUCUGUGCCUUGAAAUGUCCUUUUGCCUUCAGCUGCCUGUCUUUUUAGGACUUGAAGUGUUAUACUUUUCUAAGAAAACUAUAAAAUGAACACAAUUCUUCUGUGUUAGAAAAAAAAAUUACACUGGUCACCCGUGUUUCAUUGGAAAAUAUUGCUAUUCCUGAGGGUCUGGGACUGUAGUCUGGGAGAGUUAUAAUGGGGCAAGGUCUACAAGGCUUCUAUGGCUCUGUUGAAAGCUUUAUGCAAGCAUGUGGAAGGUACUGCAUGGAGGUGUGUGGACAGUGAAGGUAAGUGAGUACAAGAAGGACUGGGGAAAGGAAGAGGUGGGUUUGUGUAGUUCUGUACUGCAGUGGUGAGCUCUGAAGUGUGGCAAACUAUAGAUUUGGAUCUUAUGCACAGUAAACCUGCCAUGCUGUGGCUUUCAGGGGGAAAUCCUUAAAAAUAAAAGUUCAGCAGGUUUUGUUAGAAGAAGGAAAGAUUGUCAGCCUUGGCUGAAGGAAAAUACAAGUGCUGGGAAGAUCUGUGUUUUUCUGAAGCAGGUUCACUUUCAAAGCAUACAUCUGUUAUUUGACAAUUGCAUUUCUCUGACAAGACCUGCUGCUGUGUUGACUCUUCAAUGACCAAAAGCCCUGUUAACUUUGCUCUACCCCUUAGAAACGUACCAUUUGUAUCU